AUGCAUCUUUCGGCGCCUGCCAGCACGGCUCUCCAAGCACACGAAGAUCAAGCACGCGGUUAUCAAAUUGCCCAGGCGAUUCUUCCGCCAGAUUUGCUUCAGUGUUUAGCCGAAUACCCAGCCGGACGACUAAGCCUGCAAAUAUCGCGCGCAUUAGUAAAGAUUCCGUUUGAGGUGAUCGUUGAUUUGACGGGUCCAUGGCAAUCUCGUUUUUCUAUUGUGCGAACGCUGUCCGACCUGGAGUUACCCGACGCUGAGGAAGUCCAGAGUUGGUCGCCUGCGCCAGACGAUCGCCUGUUGAUCGAUGUCAUCUCGGAUGGCGAGAGCCUGCAGGAACGGCAGGCCUGGGAUGAUGCACUGAUGUCGUGCGGCCUGAGCGGUCUUUGCGAGCCGAACGACCCAUGCCUGAUCAUUGCCAACGAUAGCAAGAUUGCUCAGGAGCAUUUUCGCCGAACAGCUUUGCCUAAGCCGAUCGUUUGGAUUUGGCCCACUACAGGUGAGGAUAUCGAAGCUGUUGCAUUGUUGACUGGCCAUGGACAUGCAGUCCUUGCCCUUGAUGUCUCACGAACCGAGCAAACCAUGCUCCAAGCAGGCUUGCCACUGUUGGCCGCUUGUGCGCGUGGCCAGCCGAUCCCAGAAGCGAUCCGACAGGCAACGCAGACUGAGGCAUGCCCAGGCACGCCUUGGCGCGCCUAUAACGUGCCAUAUCGUUUAUUCAUUGCUUCGACGAACGGACGGGCAAAGCUCGCACACGGUGAGAAUCGUCAAGUCACCGCGCUAUCGCUAGAUCUAGCGGGGUCCACGUCGCUGAUCCAGGCGUUAGGAAGCGAGGGUUAUAGCGAGAUGCUGAGCGAGCUGCACCAGAUCUGCGUUGACUGUGCUGAAGAACGCGGUGGGGUUCAAUACGGACGACUGGGCGAUGAUAGCUCGAUGAUCGUUUUUGGGCUCCCGCGGGCGCUCGAGGACGCAGCCCAACGGGCGAUGACGACGGCGCUGGCAAUGCAGCGAGCAAUCGCUGCAUUGCCUGGAAGCCCGAAAUUGCGGAUUGGUAUCGCAACGGGCCGCGUGUCCGUGCAUCAGGAUGUGCCGUAUGGGCAGACGGUACAUCUCGCCGCCAGGCUCCAAGCUUUGGGCGACCCGGGCGAUGUCAUUGUCGAUGCCACCAGUCGCUCGCUAUCGCAGCAAGAAUUUGUCUUUGGCAGCCAAACGGAUUACCAAGUAGUUGACACCGAUUUAGGACAGCUCUCCGGCGCUACGCUUCUGGGGAGCAGGGAGAGUCAGCAACCGCUGCCUGCCGCUGCGGCGCUGGCCCCGUUCGUGGCGAGGGAGGCAGAACUUGCCGAUAUCAAAAGCUAUUGGCAUCGGUCUUGUGCGGGCGAGGUGAUUGCUUUAACGCUCCGCGGAGAGGCUGGCAUUGGUAAGACGCGGCUUAUUCGAGAGUUUUUGCAGACGGUGGACGGUGAGUCUGCCUUGAUAUUCCAGAUCCGGGGACUGCCUGAUUUUCAGCGCAGUCCCUUCAGAAGCCUGAUUGACGCGCUCGAGCGUGGCUACCAACUCCAAUCGGGCGAUAGUACUGAGCACAUGCGUUUGACCCUUGAAAAAGGGACUGCCCUACCCGUGACGGCGAACGAUGCGGUGUUGCAAUUGGUGGUGCUAUUGGGGAUGACUCCUGCCUCGUCGGCUCCUGGCACAACCCCAAACGCCAGCAAAGAAAGCGGUGAGAAGCUUCGGGCCGAUAUUUUCGAGACCGUUUACCAGGUCGUGAUGAGAUGCGCACGGACCCGGCCGCUGGCAGUUGUGGUUGAAGAUAUGCAGUGGGUCGACCAUUCAACGCUCGAGGCCUUAACGAGCUUGUUCAAUAGAGUUCGAGAUGACCAAGGCUUGCCGAUCUUCUUUCUGACAUCGGCUAGAGAAGGCACUCAGGCCAUGGAGUUGCCUGAUACAAAUGUGUUGGAGAUUGAAAAGCUAUCGCACGCCGCUUCUCGAUGGUUGGUAAGAGAGAUUGGCGGCGAAAAGCUGUCAGCCAAUGCUAUCGAUCGGCUCGCUAAGCGCGCCAACGGUAUUCCACUAUUUCUUGAAGAGUCGGCCAAGAUUGCCGUUGACACUCAGAGAGGGCCGGAAGAUUGGCAGACCACUGUCCCUGAGUCGUUAGAUGCCCUGCUAAUGACUCGGCUCGAUCAUGCAGGCCAAGACGCUAAGUCGUUGGCGCAGGUGGCAUCCGUGCUAGGACGAGGCGUACCAGUUGCGCUCUUAGAAACCAUUUCAAAAGACGCAGCCUUGCCGGUCUCCGUUGGAGUAUUCGAUGAGACGCUUCUGGCGCUUGAGAGCAGUGGCAUUGUCUAUCGGUCAGAAACCGCCACUUCGGCUCGCUUAUCUUUUAAGCAUGAGCUGCUUCGAGAUGUUGCCUAUUCUUCGAUGUGGGUGAGAGAUCGAAACACCAUUCACGCCUUAACGGUCUCCUACUUAGAGACAAGCUUCUCAGACCUUGUUCGACAUCAGCCAGACACAUUGGCUUAUCAUUAUCGCGCCUCUGGGCAGUAUGCCGACGCAGCGCGUGAGUGGGAAAAGGCAGCUACUUUGGCAGCGGCAACGUCCGCCAAUAUGGAGGCUAUUGAUCACUUAAACUCGGCUAUCGAAAGCCAGAAUCAAGUCUCACCCACGAUUGAUAGCGAACGCGCCGAACUGCGCCUUCAACUGAAACUAGCGGCGCGCCUGAUAGCCUCAGAUGGAUACGGGGCGGCGCUGGUAGAGCAAGUUUACGCCCGUGCCGAAGCGCUUGCCCGCCGGCUGGAAGAUAGUGCGGCGAAACUUAAAGCGCAGCUUGGACUGGAAAGCGUUUAUGUGAUGCGAGGCAAACUACGACUCGCUACAACACUGGCUAGAAGCGUACUUGAAACGGCCGUUGCUUUAGUUGACGAAGGCGCUAAUCCAGCAAUGCUGAUGCAAGCACGAUGGGCAUUGGCAAAUGUACUUUUUCAUUCGGGACAGUCGACAGAAGCGAUGCUGCUCUUUGAAAAGUGUUUGGCCGAGUAUCGAGCCGACAUGCACCAGCCUCAUGCUGUUCAAGACCCGGGCGUCAUGUGCCUGUGUUAUUCGGCUUGGGCAUUGUGGGAGAUGGGUUAUGCCGAUCAGGCUAAAAGUCGCAUCGAAGAAGUGGUCUCGCUGGCCGGCAGGCUCAAGCACAAGUUUAGCGAAGCGCAAGCUCAUGGAUUUGCGGCAAGCCUUUGCUUGUUUCGAGGGGAGUUGGACCAAGGCCUAUCACAUGCGGAAAGGUCAAUCCAGAUCAGUGAAGAGUCGGGCUUUAGCGUCUGGUUUGCCCACGCCACAAUCAUUCGGGGCCGUUUGCGCGCCUUAACGAACCGCAGCGAUGACUCGAUAGCGGAAAUGUCAAAAGGCUAUCAAUUGUGGGCGUCCACAGGCGCUGUGAUUACCUGUCCAUUCUAUUUAGCCCUGAUUGCAGAGACUCACUUAGAAAGAGAGCAAAUUGAAGCCGCUAAAACCUGUGUAGAUCAGGCUCUUCAAAUUAUUGAAAGCUCCAACGAGAUGUAUCACAAAGCCGAGUUGCUUCGGUUAUCGGGACAGAUCGCCUAUGCAAAAGGUGAACCCGUUCAGGGACAGGCUCUUGUUGCGCAAGCGAUUUCUCUCUCCAACGAACAAAACAAGCCAGCAUUCGCUUUACGGGCGUCGAUGGUGGCGAGCGAACGCCUGAGUCGAAACGGCCAUCAUGAACAAGCCAGAUUGAUGAUCAACCAAGCCAUUGAGCCAUUUAGUGAGGGAUUCGAUACGGCUGACCUUUUAGCAGCCAAAUACUUGCAACAAACCCAAUCGACACAGGUGAUCUCACCCAGCAAUUCUGAUGGAUCAGAACAUCGUCGGUAA